AUGGGGCGCGGGGUCCCCGGCUGGACAGAGCGCUGCCCUAUCAGCAAUGAGGGGACAGAGCGCUGCCCUAUCAGCAAUGGGGGUACAGGGGGUCCCCGGCUGGACAGAGCGCUGCCCUAUCGGCAGUGGGGGCGCGGGGGGGUCCCAGGCCCCUCGGUCCUACACAGCGGCCCUGCCCAGCCCGCUCCAGGCUGCGGAGCCCGCGGGGGCCCCCGGCCGGGUAGCGCCGAGCUCGGAGCGGGGGGGGGGGCUGGCGGCAGCCGCGGGCCCGGCCCGGCUCGGGGCGAACGACACAAAGCGGCCCGGCCCCGGGCCCGGCCCCACUUACCCGGAGCUCGCAGCGAUGGGGCCUGGGGGAGCCCCCCGCCCGCGGUGACACGCCGGGCCCGGGCUGCCGGCCGGCUCCCGGGCCAUUUCCUGCCAGCUGAUCGCGCCGGCCCGGCCCCGCCCCGCCAUCCCCAUGGCAACGCCCCGCCCCCGGCCGGCCGGCCGGGCGGGGAAACUGAGGCAGGCGGCGGCCUGGGAGGCGAGGUGCGGGCCCGGGCCCCUCCCCCGGGGGAAGAGGCUGCACUUGGGCAGCGCUGCCCCAAGGAGCUGGGAGCCCGCCUCGGACCAGCUCCCUGCCUCCAGUACAGCGCCGAGCCCCAUCCCCCUCAGGACAGAUGCACCAGGCCCUGCUCCAUUCGUGCUCCCCCACGUGGAACCUCUAAGCACCUGGGAGGUGAGGGGAAGACGACAAGACCCACAUUUCCCUCGCUAGCUACCUGCCUAGACCAUGAUCCAGCUCCUAGUUCCACUUUCCUUGCCGUCAGGAGCAGAUUCUCUGCACUGGACUAUGCAGAGCCCACUCUAACGCACAACCAAGGGAUCUGCCCCUGCUACUCCGGGGCUGAAUUUAGCCCUUUAGCUCCAUCGAUUCUGUUCCAUUCGGGUUCUUACACCAAGGGUCUCUGCCAGGUGUGGCAUAACUAAGCACAGUGCGAGUUUAAUAAAAUAU